UAUGAUAGGAGGUCACUUCUUAUCAAUGGCAAACGGGAGCUUCUAUUUUCGGGGUCUAUCCAUUAUACACGAAGCACGCCAGAAAUGUGGCCUGAUCUUCUCCGAAAGGCCAAACAUGGAGGCUUGAAUGUGAUCCAAACUUAUGUGUUUUGGAACGUUCACGAGCCUGUGAAAGGUCACUACAAUUUUUCAGGAAACUAUGAUUUGGUGAGGUUCAUUAAGCUUGUUCAAGAGCAUGGAAUGUAUGUCACCAUUCGAGUUGGGCCAUUCAUUCAAGCCGAAUGGAACCAUGGAGGACUUCCAUAUUGGCUGAGAGAGGUCCCCGACCUCAUAUUUCGUACUGAUAAUGCACCAUACAAGUACUAUAUGAAGAAGUAUGUGACCAUGAUUGUGAACAAGUUGAAAGAAGCAAAACUGUUUUCUCCUCAAGGAGGCCCAAUCAUAUUGGCACAGAUUGAAAACGAGUACAAUCAUAUCCAGCUUGCAUAUGAAGAGAAUGGAAGCAAUUAUGUUAGAUGGGCAGCAAAGAUGGCCGUAAAGCAAAAUGUUGGAGUACCAUGGAUCAUGUGCAAGCAGACCGAUGCUCCUGAUCCGGCGAUAAAUACUUGUAACGGAAGGCAUUGUGGUGAUAGUUUCUCUGGAGCAAAUAAGCCAUACAAGCCUGCUCUAUGGACUGAAAACUGGACAGGUCAGUACCGAGUAUUUGGUGAUCCUGCUUCACAAAGACCUGCAGAAGAUAUUGCAUUUUCGGUUGCCCGCUUUUUCUCAAAGAAUGGAUCUCUAGCCAACUACUACAUGUACCAUGGUGGGACUAAUUUUGGAAGAACAAGUGCGAUUUUCACAACAACUCGCUACUAUGACGAAGCACCUCUUGAUGAAUAUGGUUUGCCAAGGGACCCAAAGUGGAGUCACCUCAAGGACUUGCACAAGGCUUUGAGACUAUGCAGGAAGCCUUUGCUUUGGGGGGUUCCAGGUGUCCAAAACUUAGGGAAAAACAUCGAGGCUCGUUUCUAUGAGUUGAAGGGCAACUCCUCAAUCUGUGCUGCUUUCUUGGCCAACAACAAUUCAAGAAGUGAAGCAAUUGUUAAUUGGAGAGGACAAGACUAUUACCUUCCACCCCAUUCCAUUAGCAUCCUCCCUGACUGCAAGACUGUGGUCUACAAUACUCAAACCAUCGUAUCGCAGCAUAAUGCAAGGAGCUUUGUCGGAUCAAAUUUGGCUAAUAAAAUGAGAUGGAUGGAGUCUCCGGAACCCAUUCCAAGCACCAAGGAAAUUCCAAUCAAUAAUAGGACACCAUUGGAGCUCUACGGCUUGCUCAAAGACAACUCAGACUAUGCGUGGUACACAACCAGCCUUGAGUUGAAUUCUAUGGACAUGUCCAUGAAGAAAAGCAUUCAACCAGUUCUACGAGUAGGAAGUCUCGGUCACGCAAUGCUGGUGUUUGUCAAUGGUGAGUAUGUUGGUUCUGGACAUGGGAGCCAUGACGAGAAGAGCUUUGUCUUUGAGAAAGUUGUGUCCUUCAAGGCCGGGGUCAACCAAAUAGCUUUGCUUGCCAUGACAGUUGGUCUUCCAGAUAGCGGAGCGUACAUGGAGCAUAGAUAUGCAGGGCCUAAAGACAUAGUAGUUCUAGGAUUGAACACUGGAACUCUUGAUCUCACACAAAAUGGCUGGGGGCAUCAAGUUGGCUUAAAUGGAGAGAAGCUACGAGCCUUCACAAAAGAGGGAUCAAAACAGGUCCAAUGGGGAGAAACAAAUGGACCAAAAAAGGCUCUCACAUGGUACAAGACAUAUUUUGAUGCUCCUGAAGGGAAUGAUCCUGUCGCGAUCCGAAUGACUGGUAUGGGAAAAGGAAUGAUCUGGGUGAAUGGUGAGAGCAUCGGUCGACACUGGAUCUCCUUCCUCUCUCCUCUUGGGCAGCCUACUCAAUCUGAGUACCACAUCCCAAGAUCAUUCAUCAAGCCUAGGAAAAACUUGCUUGUUGUUUUGGAAGAGGAGCUAGCCAAGCCUAGUAGCAUUGACAUUGUGACUGUCAACAGAGAUACCAUUUGCAGCUUCAUUACUGAGUAUCAUCCUCCAAAUGUGAAGUCAUGGGCUAGACAAAACAGCGUCUUCCGACCUGUGUUAGAUGUUGUAAGAACAUCCGCUGAGUUGAAGUGUCCGAAUUACAAAAAGGUUGUAGCUGUUGAGUUUGCAAGCUUUGGUGAUCCUACUGGUUCAUGUGGAAGCUACACCUUGGGCAAAUGCAACUCCCCUGUAUCAAAGGAGGUAGUUGAACAACACUGCUUGGGCAACACGAGCUGCGUAGUUCCGAUCGACCGCAACGUUUACUUCAAGAACAAUGAUGAAUGCCCUGAUAUCAAGAAGACUCUUGCUAUUCAAGUGAAGUGUUCUUAG